GUUACUCAUGGACUAGAAUUCCCGCCAAAAUAAGACAAUGGUUUUUGGAGUAGCUGAGGAUUUAUUUACAUUCUAGGAAGAUUAUUCUCACGUUAUUUCGUGGAGAAAUAGGAAUUCAACAUGAAGUUCAGGUGUAAAAUGACUGACAGCCUCGCAAUGAAGGAUUUCACGAAUAUCAUUGGUGCAAUAGCAAAAAUGUCAAAAUUUUGCGUUCUCCAACUGACUCCAAACGACGUUUGCUUCACGGUUUUCGAUGAUAGACAACCGGUCGUGUGGGCAGAGUUAUCCAGAGAUCAUUUUUUCAGUGAGUACCUCGUGGAAGGUCUCUCCUCAGAAAACAAAAUUUAUCUGGAGUUCGAUGCUGUCAUGCUGUCAAAAUCACUAACUUCGUUGAAACAAAGUGCUACAAGCGUGAAGAUCAAGUUGACGAAUAAGCAGCAGCCCUGUUUGACGCUGGAAAUUGAAUUAUCCUCAGCAAGUUCUGAUUCUUGGCAGUGUAUUCAUGAUGUUCCCGUCAGAAUGGUGGCCAGGAAGGAGUGGCCUAGUUAUCAUCCACCAGAUAUCCCCUCUUUCCAUAUAUCAUUAGACCUCCCUCAAUUAAAACACCUGAAGAACGUAGCAGAAAAGAUGAAGAACUUGAGCCCUCUAUUGUCAAUAUUCGCCAGCAACGAUGGAAUGUUAAUUCUAAAAAUCGAGACAGACUCAUCCUGCGUUUCCACACACUUCCCAAGCCUUCACAUUCACCAGGAAAACGAGACAGAGGAGGAAAGGAUCGCAGUAACUGUUGAUAUUAAGAAAUUCCUAAUGUUCCUUGCUUGGGACUGUGUUCAUCCAGAAACUGUGAAGUGUAGUAUUCUUCGAGAUACAGUAGUCUAUCUACAUCUGAAUUUGAAUGAUAACUUCAAGAUUCAUUAUUUCUUACCCGCUACUGUAUUAUAG